GUGAUUAAAAAUAUUAUUUUAGUGCUUGAAAAGUGCUUAUUUUUUGUUGAAUAAUUUGGCUACGCACUCUGAUUCAAGACCUAACCGCGUCGUAAGUGUAGCUAUAAACUUAUAUAAUUUCUGCAUAAUAUUCGAUAUGGAGUCCCCUCUUCUACAUGGAACAAACUACCAACCCAUAGCACUAAAUUCGAGUGCGGGGGAAGAGGUGCACAAUCUAACAAAUGACUCCGCAUCAUUACUCCAGAACUAUACCAUCUGCUAUACUUGAGGAACCAGGUGGGUCUUGCUUCGGUCUAAAAGAUCAUUUGUUUUUAUUUACUCUCUUCCCACUUAAAAACCGGAAGGGUCGUUACUGGAAAAAAACAUCCGGUCAGGAGAAGACUGACCUUGACAUCAGUCUUUGCUGCAGUUGUGUCCUUUUUUUUUUCUUUUUGGCCAGACUCUCUCUUUCCCUCACUUUCAAUAAGGAAAGCGAAAUGUAUGUUACUUCAGUAAAAUUCCCUUUCUCUGGUGGAAUACUUGAAAUCAAUUGUUUAUGCGCUUUCAGCUGCGAGGGGUGGUCUUUUCUUGUUUUUGACUUUUAACUGAGGAAGCAAUGUUUUCUUUGUAACCGAAUAAGCCUGGCACGCUACUGCAUGGAGACGGAAUGUUGUCUAUUUCGUACAUCUAAAUUGAUCAAUGGACCAGUGGAAGAAUUCACAAGGUCCGACUUGUAAAGCGUGCUUAAACACUCUGGAUGAAAAGUCCUCUUUUCAAAACACCAGCAACAUGAUUACCUCCAAUGGUCACGGCACGCCGCUCAAAAACCCACAGAAUCUCACCAACGGCUGCAAUGGCAGCCUUCUCAUCAAAAACAGUCUCCCUAAAAGUCACAUCAUCAAAGCCCAUCUCAACAAUGGCCACUCUAAAAAUGGCCAGCACAUUGAAAAGAACAACCAUCACUUGGACUUGGUGAAAGAAAGUUUAUGUUGCUUCAAGCAUUCCCAGUCAUCGCUCGAGAACACACGAGCCAUUAGAGUAGUAGACAGAUCCAGAGCCGAUCGCUCGUGUGGACUUUGGUCAUUCACGCCUCAAUGGCUACAAUCUUUCGCCAACAAAAAGGCGUUUUUGGCCUUGUUCUGCUUGGUUAGUGUCUUUCAAGGCAUGUACUAUACUUACUUCGUCAGUGUACUGACGACUAUAGAAAAACUGUAUCAAAUACAGAGUAAAACUACGGGCAUGAUCAUGUCCAUGACUGAAGUUGGCCAAAUUGGAGGUGCUUUAUUUCUCACCUACUAUGGUGGACAGGGGCAUAGGCCGAAAUGGAUUGCUUUCGGCAUGCUUGUGUUUGGAACAGCCUCUCUUUUUUGUUCUGUGCCUCAUUUUUUGUUUAGAGACAUAAAUAGUCCUGUCAGAACCAUGUCCAGCUUUGAAAAUUCUUCGGUCAUUGCUAUGAGGGAAUUAAGAACUAAACUUUGUCAUAUCAAACAUCUGCCCUCAAAUUCCUUGCGUAUCGCACUUCCAUUGUCAUUGGUGUCAUCAAAUUCUUCAUUAGAAUCUUCUGGAAACGACUCAGGAUUAUUUAUCAAUAGUCAGCAAAACUGGAUGUUCAACAGGUCACAACGUUCCGCCUAUGCAGACGAUUUUCGACUUUUAACAGAGAUCAACGAGCCAGUACCUCCAUUUUUCUCCAACAGUGAAGCCCUUGCUUUUAAAAAAAAUGAAUGUGAAGAAAGAGAUUCGGAGCAACAAGCCAAAGCCACGAACAUCGUCCUGAUAAUUUUUUUCGUCAGUUUGCUUUUUAUCGGCAUCGGAGCUACAGCUGUAUACACACUAGGCAUUCCUUACAUUGAUGAUAAUGUCGCUACUCGAGAAUCACCGCUCUACUUUGGUAUUACGAUAGGAGUUAGGAUAUUUGGUCCAGUUUUUGGAUUUUUGCUGGGAUCUUUCUGCACUAGCAUUAAUGUGAAUUUCCCCUUUGAAACCACAGAACUUACGACAGACAAUCCCCAGUGGCUUGGAGCAUGGUGGUUAGGUGUCCUGUUCGUUGGAGCCGCUCUCAUCUUGACUGCAUUUCCAAUGAUGGCUUUCCCACGGAAGUUGCCCAAACCUUGUUUGCACAGUAAUUCUUCAAAGAGCUUUAACCACAAUGGAAAUGAUGGUGAUUUCACAAAAACCAAUGGUACUCCUGCUAUCACAAAUGGCAAUGGAAAUGUUAAUGGUGGAUCACAGCACAACUGCAAAGUUAAUGAAGUACUGGUGAAUGACAACAGGUUGGACAAUCCGAACUGCCCACUAUGCCAACAGUCUGCUUUUUAUAAUAACCAAAAUCAAGAAAACGACGAUGACAGUAAACCCAGUCUAAAAGAUUUCCCAUCAGCUUUAAAAAGACUACUUAGAAAUGAAAUUCUUCUCUACAGAACGGCCAGCAGUGUUCUUCAUAUAUUGCCCAUAGCUGGUCUUUACACUUUCCUGCCAAAAUAUUUGGAAAGUCAAUUUCAACUUACUGCUACUAUGGCCAAUAUGAUAUCAGGAAUUGCCGGUAUACUAGUCAUGGGUAUUGGAAUCUUUGCCAGUGGGACAUUCAUGCGUCUGUAUAAACCCAAUGCAAGAUUUGUGUCUGGUUGGAUUGCAUUUUCUGCCCUGUGUUAUGCCAUCGGGAUGAUGAUUUUAAUGGUAUUUGGUUGCCCACUUAACCGAUAUGUUGGACUCAAUGCUGGAAGUGAAUACGAAGACAUUAGCCAAAAGAACUGCAGUGAAACUUGUGGCUGUCUACCUGGAGAAUUUGCACCAAUCUGCACAAGUGAAGGUGUCACCUACCUCUCUCCCUGCUUAGCUGGAUGCACUAAUGUUUCAGGUUCUUCCUACGAUAAGGUAAUGCUUUUGUUAAAGGAUGGAGAAGAAUAUGUUUACUCUGACUGUAAGUGUUUGGGUCCUAAUGUAACAGCUACCAAUGGAUUUUGUCCUCUCGAAUGCAACAGCCUAUUUCCUUAUGUCGCAGUAUUUGCUUUUUUCGUUUUGGCCCAUUCUACUUCAGAAGUUGGAUCUAUGCUUCUUACACUAAGAUGUGUUGAACCAAAGGACAAAGCUAUGGCCCUAGGACUCAUAGCAUUUGCAAUAGGCUUAUUUGGUAAUGUUCCUUGUCCUAUUAUUUAUGGUGCUGUAGUGGACUCAGCUUGCCUCUUCUGGGAAGAUAAUUGUGGCGAACCAGGAGCGUGUCGUCUCUAUGAUCCGUCCAAAUUCCGGUCUGUUUUUCAUGGUGUUACAGCUGUCAUCAUGCUUUUAGCUUUCUUUGUGGAUCUGAUUGUUUGGUUCAAAGCCAAAGAUAUACAAUUCCAAGAAGAGGACGAAGCCUGUGAUGUAGAAGAGAUGGUACCUUUCAAUGAAACUCAGCUGAAUCCACAGUUGGAAAGCACAAUAUGAUUACCAAUAAACGUGCAUUCCUAGAGUCACAAAUAUAUAUCUUGUAAUUAAAUGUUCAAUAUCUUGCCAAGAAAUGUGAUUUUUUUUUUGUUAAAAAAAAUCAUUCGUGAUAAAAAGCCCUGUUAUGCCAGGGCAGAACCUUUUAUGGAUUUUAAGUUAAUCUUUUUCCCCAUGUGAGUUACUACUAUUCAUUGCUACAAAUUAUUUUUUAUCAUCAUUUGGCAAACUCCUCAUUUGUUCAGUGCACAAGAAUACUCAUUAUUUGAUGCGUUUGAAGAAAAAAAUAUCCACAUCUUUUCUUCUGAUAAAUCACUGAUGCAAUUCAAUUCUCCAUUAUGCUAAGCUUCAGUGUUGAACAAAAGGUAUUUAAUGGAGGUGAUUACUAAUUAAUAACAAAAAAUUAAAUAUUGGUGCACAAGUAUCAUGUUUAACGAUGAUUAAAAACUAAAGUUAUUAUUGGAAAAUUGAUUCAACAAAUCACAUUGGCAGCUGUUAUCAUUGAUGAGUCGUACAUUAAAACUCUUAAAACGUCAUUGAAUCGCCCAAGAGGAUUUUUUUCCAAUGUAAUCAGUUAAUUUUGCAUGAUAUUUACCUUACAUUGCAAAGAUGAUUUAUUUACAAUCUGCAACUAUGUAUAUAGAAUCCUGGACAUUUUUACACUUAUCAAAAAUAUAAGCAAAACUUGUAUUACGAUGAUCAAUGUUUUAUUCUUUUUAAAGGUGAUAAUUGAAGAUCUUAGUUGAAAAGUGUGUUAUGCAACAAUUUGAAAAUAUUGAGGUUUUCAGGAUGUUAGCUGUAAUUUUCAAAUGAGGCAGAUUUUUAUAUAAAAAAAGAGACUUUGUUAACAGCUUUCUUGUCAUUUCUUUGCAGUCUAAGGCUAUUUCUCUUA